CUUCGCACAAAACACCCAGCUUUUCGUUGACUUCACCGCUCAGAUACCCUCUGCGAUCGUCCACUGCAGCACAUCCCUCACGUUCAGGUCCCCGCACCCAUCAUCCCCCACGUACACCACCCAACCCCCGCUCCACCACCAUGACGACACAUCGCGAAGGAAAUUUCGUCGAAGGCCUCUGGGUCGAAAAAAACCCCCUCUCCAGCGACAUUGCGCCAGCAGUCCCCGAGGUCGGGUGCACGUCCGCCCCGCUGGAGUCAAUGGCGUUCCAUUUCGCCUCGUACUGCAAGAAGUACAAUGACGAUUAUGUGUUGUGCAAGAAUGAGAGCCAGGAUCCCAAGCAUUGUUUGAAGGAGGGGAGGAAGGUUACGAGAUGUGCGCUUGACCUUAUCAAGAAACUGAAAGACAACUGCGACAAGGAAUGGACCCAGCACUGGGAAUGCCUAGACAUGAACAACCACCACCUCUUCCAAUGCCGGCCUCAGGAGAAGGCCUUCAACGAUUGUGUUUUCAAGAAACUGGGCAUAACGAAGGUCAUACCCGAGACACCAGAGGGACAAACACCGGUGCAUUUGAAGGAGAAGCCUCUUUACAAAUAGAACCCGAUUACACUGUUGAAGAAUAGACUGGGACUUCAUGGGAGUUAUUACGUAUGGAGACUGGCGAUGUGUGAGUCAGAUGGACGAUGAAUGGAUGCGGCGCCUUCGUUCAACGCAGUUUGGUGUCGCGAGAACUUUGCGAUGGAUUGGUCAAAUGGGGGGCGGAUUCGAGUGGAGAGGUGGAAUCUCGACUAUGUGAAGGAUUAGAAGGACUGCGGAUAUUCUCACCAACGGCAAAAUAGAUCGCCGAGCACAUGAAAGCUCGCAUAUCCUUACAUCGGCCCUCGCUUCAUGAGCAGAUUGGCGUGCCACUUGCAGAUUGAGCACGUCAGAAAUCUUGCAGGUUGCGGAAAGUCAUUUGCGUGGACCUCAACGCAAGACAGAUU